AUGGCCACUUUGACUGGCGAUGAUGAUGAGGAAGGUCGCAAGGGGCCUCAUCCAAGAGAUGGUGGCCACGGUCGUCAGCUGUAUCGUGGGCCUCAGCCAAGGGACGAUGGGAAGAAUGGUGUAACGGGUUUAGGCUAUCGCAGUAAGCAAAGCGAUCCUCAACCGCGAGAUCCUGGACGUGUGGGCAGGAAACCACAGCCUCGAGAUGCGGGUAUCUAG